AUGGCGACCGCCAAAGACAAAGUCUUCGCGACACCCGAGCUCCUGGAAGCCAUCCUUCUCGAGGUCGACGACAUGCAGACGCUACUACUCAGCCAGCGAGUUGACAAGACCUUCAAAGCCGCGAUCGACAGCUCAAUCCAUUUCCAGAGAGCUCUGUGGUUCAAACCAAUGCCGUCAACUGCAUCGCUACCCCGCGACAAGGUCCUUCGCAACUCCCUCAUCGGCAAAUUCAGACGACGGCUAGGCAUCGAGCGAAUGGUACAAGGCUCAUUCCAAAGGCUCCACGAUGAUGGUUCGGAGUCGGAGGUAGACUUUGAGUGGAAAAGCACCAAAAUCAUCACACUCUCCGUGAUCAAGCGCCGAAAAGGUAGCUGGCGCAAGAUGCUCCCUUUCCAACCCGGACUGGCCACGGAGACGUGGCUGGUUGGCACUCCGUUCGGGCAUUUAAGAUAUAUGCCUGAGAAAUGGGACGACGACACUGUUCAUUAUUGGAAAAUUGAUUUCCAUCCUCCAAUCGCUGGUGUCAUCGGCUUGUGCGGCCGGUACAUGAAUUUGGGUGAGCCGAGCCAAGCGCUGACCAUGGGCGAGGUUUUUGACCCAGCCGAUGCACGGGCUACGUCGCUGAAACGUGCAUGCAUGAAGUCUCUAUGUGAUGAGCUUCGGGGCAAGUAUGGGCAGAUUUCGGCAAGCGUUGAGCGAUGGUGGAUGAGCGAAAGGGAAGAGGAGCAAGGCGUUGUCAAUUGGCCACCCGGAUGGGACAAGGAAGCAGCGUGGGUCCUCGAUUGA